CUGUCUCCUCCCCUGGCCAUGACAGAGACCCGUGAGCCAGCUGAGACUGGGGGCUAUGCCAGCUUGGAAGAAGACGAUGAGGACCUCUCUCCAGGCCCGGAGCAUUCCUCCGACUCUGAAUACACGCUCUCAGAGCCAGACUCUGAAGAGGAAGAAGAUGAGGAGGAGGAGGAGGAGGAGGCCACUGACGAUCCUGAAUAUGACCCUGGCUACAAGGUGAAGCAGCGCCUGGGGGGGGGCCGGGGAGGCCCGUCCCGCCGGGCCCCCCGUGCAGCCCAGCCCCCGGGCCCCCCAGCCCAGCCCUGCCAGCUCUGUGGCCGCUCGCCCCUUGGGGAGGCCCCACCAGGCACCCCACCUUGCCGGCUCUGCUGCCCUGCUACAGCCCCCCAGGAAGCUCCAGCCCCUGAAGGCAGAGCCCUUGGGGAGGAAGAGGAGGAGCCACCUCGGGCUGGGGAGGGCCGGCCGCUGGGGAGGGAGGAGGACGAGGAAGAAGAGGAGGAGGAGGGCACCUACCACUGUACGGAAUGUGAAGAUUCCUUCGACAACCUCGGGGAGCUGCAUGGGCACUUCAUGCUGCACGCCCGGGGCGAGGUGUAGGCAGGGCCCCCCCCCCAGGGAGCUUGGCUAAAGGGGUGGGGUGGGAGGAGGGGGCUGAGGAAAUUGGGGUGGUCGCAGUGGUCAUGUGGGAUGGGGUACCGCCGAUCUGUGUCCUCUUAGCAGUAGAUUGUGUGAAGGCCAGAAUAAAAGCCAAAUUCUGUGUGUGUC